GGGGCGCUGCCCCUUUAAAAACAAAAUGGCCGCCCGGCUCCGCGUCGCCUCUUCGCCGCCACGCCCGGCUGCCGCCGCCGCCACUUCCGGGGUGGGGCCGGGAGGCCGGAAGUGUGUCGCGCUCGCAAGAUGGCGACUCCCUAUGUGACUGACGAGACCGGGAAGUACAUCGCCUCCACGCAGCGCCCCGACGGCACCUGGCGGAAGCAGCGGCGGGUGAAGGAGGGAUACGUGCCCCAGGAGGAGGUGCCGGUGUACGAGAAUAAAUAUGUGAAGUUUUUCAAAAGCAAACCCGAGCUGCCCCCGGGGCUGAGCCUGGAGGCCACCGCGCAGCCCGCAAGCAGCCCGGCAAGGCGGGAGAGCGGCGAGACGGGACUGUCCAAGGCGGCGAAAAGGAACUUGAAACGCAAAGAGAAGAGGAAGCAGCAGCAGGAGAAGGGGGAGCGGGAGACAGACGAACUGAUCCAGGCGCUGGAGAAGGCCUCUCUGUCGGGGGGCGGCGGCGGGGACAAGGGCCCGCCGGGGGACAGUCGGGCAGCUGCGCCGCAGCCGGCCUGUGGCACCAGGGCCCCCGCCGAGGGGGAAGCCCCCGCCUCGGAGAAGAGCAAGAAGAUCAAGAACCUGAAGAAGAAGCUGCGGCAGGUGGAGGAGCUGCAGCAGCGGCUUGACUCGGGGGAGAUAAAGCAGCCCACGAAAGAGCAGCUGGAGAAGCUGGGGCGGAGGAAAGCCUUGGAGGAGGAACUGCGGGACCUGGAGCUGGACUUGUAAGGGGUGGGCGGGGGGGUUCGGGGGGC